AUGAGGGAGAUUCCGGCCGCCGACAAGACGCUGGCCACCAUAGGCGCUGUCCUGUGGUCCGUCCAGGUCAUUCCACAAAUCGUGAAGAGCUACAGGACAAAGUCUACCGAGGGCCUGUCCCCAAUCCUUAUGUUCAUCUGGGGAUGCGCAACAAUCUUCCAGGGCUCCUAUCUGGUGUCGAUGAGGUCCAGUAUACCUCUUCAGGUGCAACCGCAGGCAUUCGGCGCCUUCUGUACGGUUUCAUGGGCGCAAUGUCUUUAUUAUGGCAAGGGCUACUCCAAGCUCAAGGCCACGCUCUGUCUCCUCGCAUUCUACUGCGUAUUUGCUGGGUUUGAGACUGGAUCUGUCUUCGCCCUCUGGGCUGGCGAAAGGAACGGCGUCACAUGGCCGCAGCAGAUGUACGGCUGGAUCACAUCGGCGCUCCUUAUCAUCGGCCUUCUUCCUCAAUACUAUGAGAUCUACAAGGCCAAGGAGGUCGUUGGUAUCUCAAUCACCUUCAUGCUGGUGGAUAUCUUCGGCGGUCUCUUCAGUGGCGUGUCGCUUUUCUUCCGCGAGGAAUUUGACAAGACUGCUUUCGUGCAAUAUUUUCUUGUCGUCUUGCUUGACGGCCUUGUGGUGGUCCUGAAGCCCAUCCUCAACCCACGUGCUCAGCGCCGUAGAGAGCACGAGGCCGCACUUGUGGCUGAGGAGGAGAGCAAUGUCGGUGUGGCUAAGACGACCGAGAUCAAGCCCGACGACAGCCCCGAGCCCGAAACUGAGGCGACCACUAUCGGGGACGAAAAGGCAUCCAAGACCACCACGGGAUGCCCUCUCGGCCUUGGACAGGGUGAAGAUGGACGUACCUUGACGACUGCAUCAGAUGCAACAGCCACCUCUGAACCGGCCAAGCAAAAGCAAUAG